AUGUUUGGGGGCGGAGGGGGCCCGUUCGGCGGCUCGCCGUUCGGCAGGAUGUUCAACGACCCGUUCUUCCGGGACCCAUUCGGCGAGAUGGACCGCAUGCAGCGGGAAAUGGAGUCGAUGAUGGGCUUCGCCCGCCACGACGGCCACGGGCGGCCCCUGCAGCGCCAACGCCUCCAGGACGACCGCCGGCGCGCCCCGCAGCGCCUGGAGGGGCCCGUCAUCGAGGAGCUGGGCGAGGGAGAGCACGUCCAGCACGACUCCCGCGGCCCGCGCCCGCUCGUCGAGGAGCCUGACGAUUACGCGCACCGAGGCUCGUACGACAACAGCGCGCACGGGCCGAGCCACAGCGGCGGCCGCGGCCGCGCCCGCACGCGCCAGGAGUUCGACGGCUCCGCGCUCGACGCCGCGCGCGGCCCACGAGACCCAAUGGGCGGCCUCUUCCAUGGCUUCUUCGGCCGAGGGAUGGAGAUGGGCAUGAAUGCGCCCCCCGGCGCGUCCGUGCAGUCGUACUCGUACUCGUAUUCGUCCGGCCCGGACGGUGCUGUGCGCGAGAGCCGCUCCACCGCGCGGCGCGCGCCGGACGGGACCUUCGAGCGGGAGGAGCGCGUGCGCGACGGCGUCCGCGGCACCGAGGCCGUGACGGUCGAGCGCGGGAUGGACGGCCGCGGGCGCACGGUGACGCGCAUCCGGGGCCCGGACGGGCGCGAGGAGGUGCGCGACGACGUGAGGGGGCUGGAGGGGCCUGACGCGGGGCGGCGGUUCGACGAGGAGUGGUCGCAGCGGCGGGCGGGGCUGCCGGGCGCCCGCGGGCGCGGGCCGCGCGUGGAGGCGCUCCCGGACGCACCGCACGGGACGCGGGAGGUGGCGGGGCGGCCGUGGGAGCCGCGGGGGGCGCGGUACGUCUGA